AUGGAAGAACCAACCUACGAUCCGAGCCGCCCUCUUGCGAUUACCACCCUCGUCUACCAGUAUAAGUUGGUCAAUUGCCCUGGGAAGACUAUUGUGGGCCUGCUUGUCGAAUACCCACCCGAUGGUGCCACGCCUCCUCAUCGUCACGGAGGAGCUUCCGUUUCUGCCUAUGUAAUCAAGGGUUCUGUGCUGAACAAAAUGAACAACGACCCGAUGAAGGUGAUCGACCAGGGCGGGUCUUGGUAUGAAGCUCCAGGAUGCCAUCAUCGGAUUAGCGCGAACGCCAGCAAGACAGAAUCAGCGGCGUUUUUUGUCAAUUUCGUUCUCGACACUGAGACGCUGCAGCGAGAGGGGCCAGGUGUUCUGGUGCAAUAUGACGAGGAGUACAAGGAUAUUGUCGCCCAGAAGAUGAAGGCAUGA